AUGCCCUCCCCCCGUCGAGUUCGCCUGCUUAUGCUGGCAACCUUUUUAACAUUUGUCUUUAUCCUCUUCUAUACCUCCGGCUUCGACUCCGGCCACGAUGCCGAGCUGCAAAACCCCCAUGGUUUUAUCCAGAAGACCAAAGACGCAAUGCACGGUGGAUCACGCGCAGGAGAAGCCGUCCUGGACUCCCAGACCGGCCAGAAAGCUGGACAUAUUCCCGCCGAUAAGGAUGCUGAUGGCGAUGUCGACGACGAUGACCGCCAAAUGGCCGCUCAGAUGCAGGAGAGGCUGAAGGCCGCCGAGGUGCAGGCCAAGGAAAAGGCCAACCAGAAGGGCGGCUUGCGACCCGAUGCCCCCGGCCAGGUCGUUGGUGUUGGAAGCUCCGCAGACGGCCAGAAAGAUGGCCAGACCGAGAAGACGGACAAAACUGAGAAGAGUGAAAGCGGAAGCGGAAGUGGCAGUGGCAACAGUGACGCUGCUAAGUCCGGUGAGAAGGAAACUGAGGCGAGCAAGGAAGUGCGAGAGGCGCAAUCCGAGCUCACCUCCAUCCUUGCCAAAGCCCCUGUCAUCAUCUUCUCCAAGUCCUACUGCCCUUUCUCGAAGCGCGCCAAAGGUAUCCUGCUGGAAAAGUACUCUAUCUCCCCCGAGCCCUACGUCGUCGAGCUCGACAAGCACCCCUUGAUGACUGCUCUACAAGACCAGCUCGCAAAGAGCACUGGCCGGAGGACGGUCCCCAACAUUAUGAUCAAUGGUGUGAGCAUUGGAGGUGCCGACGACAUUGUUGCGCUUGACAACGACGACAAGCUGGUCGCAAAAAUCUUGGAGCGCGGGAACGACAAGGUCCAGGUUUCCGAACGAUUCGUGAAAGGCGGAUCUAUAAACUAG